GUUAAACAACACUAAAGUACUUAAGCAUGAAAUUUAUUGAUGGAAAUAAAAUCAGAAUGAAAAUAUAAAGAAUAUUGUCAGCUACUGAGGGGUGUGACUUGUGCGAAUUUGGUCGCAUGAAGUCACCCUGACACUUUACUAAAAAUAACGCGCUGUGUUAUAUUGGCAUUAUGCCUACGAUGCUGUUAACAACCCAAGAAGACGAUCUUCACUUCCAGGUUUAUAAUUAGUAAGGCGGAAUACGCCAGUCUCCUCCAAGAUGGUUGAAAGAAGCAGAUCAUUCUAACUGCACGCCAUGAGUUCUCUACCAGAAGUGACCCUCUUCGUCAAGGCCGGCGCCGAUGGGAAAAGGUAUGGUGCCUGCCCCUUUUGCCAGAGAAUAUUCAUGAUCUUGUUGAUCAAAGCUAAAAACCAACAACUAAGAUUUAAGGUGGCUACAGUGAACGUAGCCAAACCUCCCGAAGAUUUCAAAAAGGUAUCUCUCAGAAGAGUUCCUGCUAUUGCACACAACGAUAAUGCAACCGAUAACGUCGACGAUAUAGUACAAUAUCUAGACGAAGUAUUUCCUACAGACACGUUAAACUACGAUAAUUCCGAAGCGGAAAAGGCAUGCAAAGAUAUUUUCCAGAAAUUUUGCUUUUUUAUAAAGGAGGUAUCUAAGGAUAGCAGUUUAUUAGUAGCAGAAUUAAACAAGCUUAAUAAUUACUUGUUAUCGGCUCAGACAAAAUUUCUAUGCGCCGACCACGUGACUCAUCUGGAUUGUGAAGUUCUGCCUAAAUUGCAUCACGCUAGAGUGGCUAGCAAAACGCUGAAAGGGUUCGAUUUCCCGCCUAAUAUGGACGGUUUAUGGAGGUACUUGAAAAAUGCAUAUAGCGAAGAAUCCUUCGUUAAAUCUUGCCCUUCAAAUCAAGAAAUAACUAUUCAUUGGGCCGAUAAACCGGAAACGCCUAGCUUAUCUCUAGAGCAGCACGCUUAUUUAACUAAAAGCGAACCACAGUACACGUUAACUAUUCCAUCAGAAAAUGCAAAGUAAGUUGAGUAGAAUUUUGAAUUAAGGGCAAAAAUAUGAUUGCAGUGUGUGCCAAGAAUUUUGUUGAUAAAUUUUGUGAUUUAAAAAGUAUGUAUUAAUGCUGUUUAAUAUAUAUGAUUAUUUUCAAUAAGUUUACUGUUCGUUCAUUUUUAAACUGUGUUCAAUUAAAUACAUAUCCACAAUUUAUUUUCAUUUUUCUUCUGAGUGCAGGAAAUGAGCUAUUUAGUGCCAAUGCCACAUUUAUUAUGACAAGCGUUUUUAAUUUUAUCUAUACGCAUUAAGGGUUAAAAUUAGAAUACGAUUAAAAUAUUUAUAGAUACAACUACUUUAUGACUAAAUAAUGGCUUCAUUUAUCAUGACAUUUAAAAAUUUUAUCUUAGA